AUGAGUAGUGCUUAUAACAGUAAAUAUAAAAGACCUAAACAGAAGACUACAAAGACUACAAAUCCAGGAUCAUCAAGACCAAGUAACGAAAGUUCUGUUCAUGGAAAACAGACACGUGAGCCCUUAUGUCCUCUGCUAGCCAAAGACUCAGAAUGGGUAGAUAAUACAUUGCAGCCACUGACGGAAUCUCCUCGUACUAGUGAUGGUUCAAUUGAGGAGGAAGUAUUACAACUCGUGGACUGCGAAGAUGGGCCCCAAAUGAAACCAUUGGCCAUUAUGUUUCCUGAUUUGCUUAAAAAAGAUCCGCAAACAUUACAAGGCGUUCUAAAUAGGGUAAUGUCGACUACAGAAGUAACGCGACAUCUCGUAGAUCUUGGUCAAAAAGCAAACUUUACAUUUAUGAAGAAAGCCGAUCGCUUGAUUCCACCAGAUAAGCAAUGGAUGGAAAGCUUGCCUGAGAACAGUAGUUCUUAUUAUUCGGUUAACUCUGCGGUGGUUAGUAACAAUGUCUCAAGUGAGUAUGAAGCAGGCUGUGAAAUAACGGAAACUGUGAAACGUAAGAUAUUAACGAAAAAGAAGUUAAAUUCUGGAAAUGUUAAUGAACAACAACAGGAAUCCAGCUCCCGGAAUGUAAAAGAAAAAGAUUGUAAUGAGAAAUCAAAUCCUUAA